AUGGCGCCAGAAAACGGAUACCAUCCGACCGGGCAUUCGUCUUCCCGCCAUGGGGGCGCGGACGAAGAAGAAGCUUUAUUGGGAGGGUCCAGAUCUACCUCCAAGCCAGGCUGGCAAGAGCACUUGAUAGUAGCAGUCCACCGAGAUUGGGCGGACGUGGUCCUGCUACUGUGUUAUAUCAUCACCGGCUUGCUCGACAGUGCCUCCAUAUCAACCUGGGGCUCCUUCGUUUCCAUGCAGACAGGUAACACUGUGUAUAUCGGCCUGGGUCUAGCCGCGCCAGCCGAGUCCAACAGAUGGGUCAAGUCUGGUGUGUCACUGAUAUCGUUCUGCGUGGGGUCCUUCUGCUUUAGUCGCUUUCACCGGCACUUUGUACCUAGCCGUCGCUGGGUGCUUUGUGCGUCAUUUCUCCUGCAAAUGUUGUUUAUUGUGGUCGCGGCAGCCAUCCUCACCUUUGUACCCAAAUCAUCGAAUGAGCUGGACUGGACCGUUCUCGUCCCGAUCGCCUUGGUGGCCUUCCAGAGCUGCGGCCAAGCGGUUGUAAGCAGGGCGCUCAAAUACAACGCCUUGACCAGCGUGGUUUUGACCAGCAUCUACUGCGAUCUCUUCUCUGACGUUGAGUUAUUCUCUGUGCACAACGUAGAGAGGAACCGCAGGGUCGGUGCGCCGGUACUGCUCCUAUUUGGUGCUGUCAUGGGUGGUUUGUUAGUGCACAGCUCUGUUGGAGCGGCCGGCAUCUUGUGGAUUGCCGCUUUGCUCAAACUCCUGGUCGCACUUGUGUGGUUCUUCUGGCGUGCUGCUGAAUAA